CCACUUUUGGAGGUUUGAUAGCAUCGAACUAUUUAAAAGAAUCGUCCAAUAUGGAAAUCAUUAAUAUCACUUUCGAUAGCGAAAGGUUCAACAAAACAUCCCUCCUCGAUAAAAGCUAUAUUUGGAGUUUGGAUUCAAAAUGAAAUCAUUUCUGCUUGUUUUGGCUGUUGUCGCUGGCUGCUAUGGUCAAGGAUUUCAAGGAUACUUCUAUCCUAGGCCUAGCAUCCCCUUCAGAGAAGCACCAUGCCAAACAGUGUACCGAACGCAGACACUUACCCGAACAGCUCAAUAUCCUGUGUACUACACGUCAACAGUGCAAUAUCCAGUUUACCUAACAUCUACGGUAGUUGAUCAGCAGUACCUCACCGUAUACUCAACCCUCAUUCAGCCUGUGAUUCAGUACCAAACUAGAACAAGCACUCUAGUGAUCCGACCCACUCCUGUGACGCAAUAUUCGACCAUUGUGUCCACCGUGACGAUUGUGAGUUCUGUUCAGGACGACAGCCGUCAACCGACGGUCAACAACGCUUACCUUCCCCCAGCACCGGAGGUCAGUGACGAAGCUCGUGAACCGGAUAAUGAGUAUCUGCCUCCAACCGCCGUUGGAAACGCCCGAGGCAGCUCGAGUGGAGCUAACAUUUUGAGCUCGGAUUACGAAAGCUCCUCCGGUAGCAGUGGAAGCAGUGUUCGCGUUUCGCCAUUCGGACAGCAAGCAGUUUCGCUCAACCUGGGAGCUUUGCCUCCCGUGGCUUGAAGGCGAAAUGUUGUUGAAUGCAAGUGGUAUAAUCGAGAAUAUGUGGGAAAUGCGUGAGUGAAUUUGCUGGCUUAGUAGAUUUAGGGACCAAAGAAUGUUUUGUGAAGCGUAUGCUUUAAUUGAAUUACCUCUCAUUAAGUGUAAUAUGUAUUUUGUAACAAAGAUUUCAAUGAAAUUUAAUAAAUUUCAAAUCAUUCUCAA